CAGUGCAAAAUCUCCAACAUGCCAGAGUAAAUGCGUCAAGACUUUUAUUUUGAAGGUUGGCUUGACGGAAGCCAAUGCUGCGUUUAAAAGUUACUGUUCAGAAUUUGUAAUUUCGCUAUUUUCAUGAAGCUUCGAGAAGGAUAUCUGUGUUUAUUGUAACCAUGUCAGAGGAGGUUCUGCUGGCUCGAGUGAAGGCUUUAGAGGAGGAGGUGGGGAGACUGAAAGCUCAGCUGAAAGUAGAGAGAGAUGGAGCUGGGACAGAGGAGAGGACUGAAGCAUCAGACAGCUUCAAACCUCAGGAAGGUGAAGAGAACAGAUCCAAGCAGAAGAAACGAGGAGCAGAGAGGCCCUUUGACUUCUCUGCACACCCUCGCAGACAUGUGGCACUGCGGCUGGCAUACCUCGGCUGGCAAUAUCAGGGCUUCGCCGUCCAAGAAAACACAGACAACACUGUUGAAGCCCGGCUGUUUGAGGCACUGCUGAAGACUAAACUGAUCCAGGACAGACAGACCUCCAACUAUCAUCGCUGCGGCCGCACAGAUAAAGGAGUCAGUGCUUUCUCUCAGGUUAUAUCCAUUGAUCUGCGCUCCACGCAGUAUGGAGGAGGUUUAGGUGUGACUGUCCCGGCUGACGUGGAGGUCAAAGCCAAGGCCUCUGCAGAAGAAUUACCCUAUGUGAAGAUACUUAAUCGAGUCCUGCCACAGGACAUUAGGAUCCUGCAAUGGACCCCUGUAGAAAGUGGCUUCAGUGCACGCUUUGACUGCCAGUCCAGAACAUACAGAUACUACUUUCCUCGUGGAGACUUGGAUGUGGAAAACAUGGCAGAGGCUGCUAAACGGUAUGAGGGAACACAUGACUUCAGGAACCUGUGUAAGAUGGAUGUAGGUAAUGGAGUCUUGCAAUUCCAAAGGACCAUCUUGUCUGCCAGCAUCCAGCCAGCCCAACUCAACCCCACCUGCCCUAAUGACCCUCACCAACUCUAUGUCUUCCAGGUCAAAGGUCUUGCUUUCCUCUAUCAUCAGGUUCGCUGCAUGAUGGCUUUGCUGCUGCUGAUUGGACAGAAACUCGAAGCUCCAGAAAUCAUUGAUCAGCUGCUGGAUGUGGAGAAAAACCCAAGGAAACCUCAAUACAGUAUGGCGGUGGAUUACCCUUUGGUUCUGUAUGACUGCCACUUCGAGGGUGUGCAUUGGAGGAAUGAAACGGAGGAGGAGAACCACGUCCUGAACUCGAUGCACCAACACUGGGUUCAGAAUGCAGUCAAGACGCAGGUUCUGCUCGGCAUGAUCCAAGGCCUUCAGAGCACAACCACAGGGGUGACUUCUCUGCAGUGCUGGCUCAUGGAGGGCUCCAGGCAGAGGAAGUACCAGCCUCUUCUGGAGCGGCCGCGCUGUGAGAGUUUGGAGUCCAGGAUCCAGCACUUUGUGAAGAGGGGAAGACUGGAGCAAGAAGAAGGAGAGAACGGAGAGGAGACGACUGUGUUCAGGGGGAAAAGAUCAAAACAUUCCCAUCUGACGACAACAAACCAACUCCAGGAGCAAAACCAUGGAGCAAAAACUGAGGAGAACCUGUAACCUUUUACAUUUUCUGCUUUGACUUUUAAUGUGUACAGAAUGAUUUGAAGGCAAAACAGAAACAUUUUUCUUAAUUUUUUUUUUUUUAUCUUUGUUCAGCAGCACAAUUACCUAAUUUUCUACCUUGCCCAAAGUAGCACGUUUAUUAAAGGAUUGCUCCAUGUGUUCU